AUGUCUCCAAAACCUCAUUCCCAAAAAGUCCGCGGAACCCUAGACAAUCCAAAAACCAAAGAAGCCAUCGACUCGCCCAAACCAACCCCAAACCUCGGCGACCCCACCAGUCUCAAGUCCGCAAACAACGACAGCAUCGACCUUCCCCCCAACGACUCUGCUCCUCCCGCCGGCGAAGGUAACGAUUCGAACUCCAAUUCCGCGCCCACGGUGUCAGACCCAUAUCGCAAGGACACUUAUGCCGGCGGUGGGGAUAAGCGUGCAAAAGGCAAUGGCAGGGAGCAUGGUAAACAGAGCAAGGAACAGCUCCCACAUUCCAAAAAAGUAAGAGGGACGUUAGCAAAUACAGAUGGCAAGACUGUGAACCGGACGCAAUUGGGUGAUCCGGCGAGUUUGAAGGCUGAGACUAGUGCUACGAGGAUGGAACAUGGUGUUGAGAGGGAGGGGUUGGAGAAGAGUAAGCUGUAG